AUGGCGCCCUGGCACAUCACUAACGCUACCACCCCUCUCCCAUCCCCAGACACUCUGUCUUCGGCGUUUUCGCUGCGCGCUCCGCCCGGAACGGACCUGUGGGACAGUCCUCCGGAUACAUGCAUCUUCACGGCGCCCCUCGUCUACCAGGCCAUGCCCCUGGCGGCCUUCAAACGGGCCCAGGUCACCAUCACGGGCGACCUGCACGCGCCCUACGCGCAGGCCGGACUGGCGCUGGUGUGGGGUGGGUCUGACGGUCGUCGCCGAUGGGUCAAGACCGGAAUGGAAUGCCUGGCCGGUCGUCAGGUUGUGGCGACGGUGGGCAAGGAUCGGUGGCCGGACUGCAGCGUUGGAGGAGUGGUCCCUCGUGUCGAGGCCAGCAAGCAGGUGACCUUGGAGGUUGUGCGGCAGGGGUUCAGCCUGGAAAUCUUCCAGCUGCAUCGCACGCAGCAUGGGGAGUGGCAGAGGACUAUCCUGCGGGAGUUGACGUGGGUGUUUGCGGCGCAGGGGGGGGAGAGGGAGGGGUGCUGGGCGGGCGUCUACGUUGCCAACCCCUCGAGUGAGGCACCGGAGUUUGAGGUGCGGUUUGAAGGGCUGGUCCUCGAGCAGACAGAGAAUAACUAG